AAUUUAACUGGGAAACUGCACAGUUAAGCUGUUCAAAGUAAUUAGAUUUGCUCUAGGCCGUUGGUUGGAAUUUGGCAGUGUGACCUUGCUGUGUCUAGCACAGUAAUGUCAAAGUGCACUCUCCAGCAAGCCGGCUGCAAAUAAUUCUUAUUGCAAAUUUCACAAAUUGAAAUUGAAAUGUCCACUAGCCAGGAGGCACUGCGUGAGUAUGUAGCUAAGAGCAGAGCGCAACUGCAGCAACUACUGCAACGGCUCAAUUGGACGGAGGAAGGCGUGCAGAAGUUGCAUCGCCCGGUGUCCCAACCAGACGAAGUCGUCGUCGAGCAGCUGCCACCAAGUUGCUGCACUGCAGCAGAGCACAGUGUACAGUUAAAUGCUACACUGCUGCAGCAACUGUUGCCAGGCAAACAGCUCACUCCAGUUGAUUCUUUCGCGGAUUUGCAAUUGAACUAUAGCUCCCAAGAGAAGCUGAUCCUCUACGAGCACGUGCUCAGCUGCACGCCACGACAGCGGCUCAGCUUCGAGCAGCAGGCGGAUUUCGCUGAGCUCGUGGCAGAGACAAAGAGAGCGCAUCAGAGAGCGAGAAGGCAUCGCAAGAGCAAGAUGACAUUGCUGGAGGAGAUGCAGCAGCUCGUGCACCUGCAAAUGCAGGCACUAAAGCACCAGCAGCAGAAGCAACAGGAGCAGCAGCGUCUAUCUGACAGAGAUCACAGGGAAUGGAGGAAGCCGGAGAAACGGGAUGGCAGAGGAAGGAGUAGAAGCAGAAGUAGGAGUAGGAGUCGAAAGAAGAAAAGCAGAAAGAGCAGGAGUAGAAGUAAUCCGAGAAACAGUCACAAUCCCAGUAAGAGCAGCAGCAGUCGAAGGAGCAACAGAAACUCGAGCAGUCACAAUCACAGGAGCAGCCGCACCCCAGACAGAAGACGUGGGAGAAGUCAAAGUCGAAGUCCGAGUCGGAGACGCAGUAGAAAUAAAAAUCCGAAACGCAGCCGAAGACACAGUCCCAGUUCCAGCAAUCGAGAAACGAGUCGAAGGAGUAGUCCCAGGCGUGACCCAAUCUCAUGUUGAAGCGACAAUCAAAUGAGACGAACAGAAGGAGCGACCGGAGAGUCCAAGUCAAAGAUGGACCUGCAGCAGUUGAGGAGCGCAUAGGUUUGCUGUCACUUCGCUGUGGAAUCAAAGCAUCAAUCCGAGUUGAAGGUAUUAUCGAACAAUGUGUGGAGGCGCGAUCCGAAGGGGAAAUGCAGGCAUCAGACGGAGAUGAAGCAGCAGUGAGGAAACUGAGCAGCGGUCCUAGUCGACGAGUCCGAAUGGAAGCAGCGCGACAACACGAGUGCUAGAGGAGAAGCACCAGCGAAUCCAACCUCUAUCCGGCCACAAACGCAAUAUUUGACAUUAGGAUUUGACUUGUUAAUAGUUUUAAUAGCAAUUAAAUUAUUAUAAAGCGCCACUGUUCUCUGCAGACCGGAACUGGAGCAAGUGCAUCGCAUGCGUUUGCGUGUGGAUGGCUUUGCUUCACUUGGUGGAGACGCGUGUGCGCUUAUUCCAUGAGAAA